AUGGUUGAAGCCUUGGAAACCGAAGAAAGGCCCAAAUUCAGGGAUAUUAGGCGCUAUUUCUGUGAGUACUGCGGUAUCUGCAGAUCCAAAAAAACCCUAAUCACCUCUCACGUCAAUUCGCAUCACAAGGAUGAGCUUGAAAAAACAAGAGCAGAAAGAGAUCCUGAAGCAGCAGAGCCUUCGAAAUCCAAUACGUGCGAGGAAUGUGGUGCCACUUUCAAGAAACACGCAUAUUUGUUGCAGCAUAUGCAAAGUCAUUCACUUGAGAGGCCGUUUGUGUGUGCAGUUGAUGGUUGUCAGGCGAGUUAUAGAAGGAAGGACCACCUGACUAGGCACCUUCUACUACAUGAAGGGAAGACUUUCAAGUGCCCUGUUGUUAAUUGCAACAUUGAAUUCUCUUUGCAAAGCAAUAUGAAAAGGCAUGUUGAAGAGAUUCACGAUGACAGUUCUACUGCAGCUACUGACAAAAGUCACAAACAACAUCUGUGUCCAGAGAUUGGAUGUGGAAAAGUUUUCAGAUUUGCAUCACAGCUAAAAAAGCAUGAAGAUUCUCAUGUUAAGCUUGAGUCAGUAGAUGUGGUGUGUUUAGAGCCUGGCUGCAUGAAACAUUUUACUAAUGUCCAGUGUCUUAAAGCCCAUGUGAUGUCCUCCCAUCAAUAUAUGACCUGUGACAUUUGUGGAUCUAAGCAGCUGAAGAAGAAUAUUAAGCGUCACCUUCGUUCACAUGAAGCUAAGAGCCGUUCAUCAGAGACUUUUCGAUGCGAGUUUAAGGGUUGUAGCUGCUCAUUCUUUAGUAAAUCUAAUCUUGAUAAGCAUAAGAAGGUUGUGCACUUUAAAGAAAAGCCUUUUCUGUGUGGGUUUCCUGAUUGUGGCAUGAGAUUUGCUUACAAACAUGUGCGGGAUAAUCACGAAAAAACUGCCAAACAUGUUUUUAUACUUGGAGAUUUUGAAGAAGCUGAUGAAGAGUUAAGGUCAAGGCCAAGGGGAGGGAGGAAGAGAAAAUGUCCCACUGUUGAAAUGUUAAUCAGGAAGAGGGUUACCCCACCAAGUGAAUUGGAGGAUUGGUUAUUUAUGCAGGAUCGUGAGUAG